AUGGCCACAGAAACGACACCGGUCAUGCUCACGCGUAAGCUGGGUGAGGGCAGCUGCGGCUCGGUCUUUUGCGGCUCGCUGACUGCCUCGGGGAAGCGUGUGGCAGUCAAGGUGGUGCGCAAGGGCACCUCGGCCAAGGCCGCGCUCAACCUCCACCGGGUCCGCACCGAGGCCAACGUCAUGGCGCGGCUCGACCACCGCAACGUGGCCCGAUGCCUCGGCACCUGGGAGACAUCAGAGCACUUCUACCUCUUCCUCAAGUUCGCGCGAGGCGGCGACCUGUGCGACCGCCUGCUGCACGGCGGCCCCAUGACGGAGCGCUCGGCGAGAAGGCGCUUCGGACAGCUGCUGGCGGCCGUCGCACACCUCCACGCCAAGGGCUUGGCCCACAGGGACAUCAAGCCGGAGAAUAUCCUGCUGGACGAGCUGGGCCACUUCAUGCUGGCAGAUUUUGGCCUGGCCGUCACGCACUCCCCGCAAAAGAAAGUCAGCGGGCGAGCGGGAACCGUAGGCUACGCCGCGCCCGAAGUUUGGGUCGACCGACCCUAUGACGCAGCUGCUGCCGACGUUUUCUCCUGUGGCUCAGUGUUGAUGGCCAUGGUGACGGCCCGAUCGCCGUUCCAGGGUGCCACCGACCAGGAGACGCUGGCCAAGUCGCUGCGCGGUGAGCUCGACCUGCCGACAGGGUUGUCGCUCGAGGCCGUGCUCCUGAUCAAGUCCAUGGUGGCGCCCGACCCCGCCAAGCGGAUCACUCUGGCCGACGCCCUCGACCACCCGUGGUUCACCGGCGAACACCCCGACAGCGUCAGCAGGUACCGGCCAUGGGCGCCCCUGGAGGAAGACGACAGCGACUUCGACAGCGAUGAGGAUGAUGACGACCAGGACGAAGGUGAUGAUGAGGUCGACCGCAACGAUGAUGGCGUUGAUGACGACUCAGUGGAUGACGCCCUCUACGAGCUCCGUCUGCUGGGUGAGGGCCGCGGGGCUCGAGUCGAGCAGAAGGUGCCGUUCGGCUGCCACCUCGAGUUCCAGCGCUCGCGCUCCGUCUCCCAUUCUCGCUCGACAUCGUCGCUGCUAUCGAAUCUGCACUUCUCUGCACAAAAUGGCUACCUCUACUUUUGCGAGCCCUCGUCCGGCCUCCUCACCUCCAUCAACGCCAAGACGGGAGCAAAGGCGUGGUCCGUUCAGGUGGCCGGCAUCACUGGGGUCGAUAACGACUAUUGCAGGGGAGGACCGUCGGUGGACCCCGACUCUGGUCUCGUGGUGGCGGGGUCGCGCAUGUCCGGCAGACUGUUUGCCGUGCGCAUGAGCGACGGCGGCAAGGCAUGGACCUUAGAGGUAGAGUCCCACGUCACUGCCCAGAUGACGCAGCCGGCCACCAUAUACGCUGGCACGGCCUACGUGGGCGUCGCCUCAUCCGAAGAGAAGGCGGCGAGCGAUCCCAGCUACGAAUGCUGCUCCUUCCGUGGCAGUAUUGUGGCCGUCCGCGUGGCCGACGGAACCCUCCUGUGGAAGACCUACACGCUCCCUGCCGGCUAUGUGGGAGCGGGUGUGUGGGGUCCCGCACCGAGUAUCGACAUACAGAGGGGCCAGGUCUACGUGGCCACCGGCAACCUUUACCUCAACCCCCUGUGUCACGCGCGCAUGGACGCUCUCGGAGCCCACUUUGACCAGGACCCGUGUCUGCCGGUGGAGGCCCACGCCGGGUCCGUUCUCGCGCUCGACAUGAUCACGGGCAACCCUCUGUGGUCCCGCCGCAUAUCGUCCAACGACGCGUGGAACACCGCGUGCGGAGUGUCGACGCCCAUCCUCACGAUGCCCGCCCUCUCGUUCAACUGUCCCACCGACAGCGGGCUCGAGUCCGACUUUGCCCAGGGGCCGAUGAUCGUCGAGCUGGAGAAGGGGCGCGACGUGCUCCUCGUGGGCCAGAAGAGCGGCGUGUGGAAGAUCAACCCGGACAACGGCUACGUCAUGCAGGCGUCGGUGCUUGGGCCAGGCGGCGUGGCGGGAGGCAUCCAAUGGAGCGGGGCCAACAACGGAACGCACGCCUUCUUCCCCGUCACCAACAGCGCCUCGGUCUCGCAGACGCUCAAGAACCCGUCCGUGCCCGGCGUCGUCGCCACCACCGGCUCCACCUACACGGCCGUGAACAUCAAGAGCGGCGACAUCGUGUGGCAGUACCCCCUGGAGAGCUGGCUCUACGCCUACCAGCCCCUCACCGUCGCCAACGACGUCCUGUUUGCCACGGCGGUGACGCGCAUGUCCCCCGCCAACGGCAGCUCCUCCAUCAAGGCCCUCCACACCAGCACGGGCGAGAAGCUGUGGGAGGACACCAACAGGUUCCACAUCGCUGGCACGGGCGCCCUCGUCGUGGAUGGCAUGGUCUACGUGGGCGUGACGACCUCCAACCCUGUGACCACCACAAACACCCACUCCAUUGCAUUCGGUUUGCUGCCCUAA